AUGGCAGCGAUGCUCCUUUCUGCCCAGCCCGUCAAACUCGUCAUGCCCUGUCGCUCUGCCUUCUUUUCCCACUUCUUGCUGAUUAAAAUCGCCCGACAUUUCCAACAUUCAACUGCUCUCCGUGAGGGAUUCCCCUUGGACAAGGAGCUGCUCGAGACACCAGGCACCGCGAGCGCCGACCUGCUUCCAUGUUUCAACUCUGUCCAGACCCUUCCCGCGUGGGGAUCUUCCCGUUCGUCUCUGCGGCCCAAUCCAUGCCAUUCGUCCGUCAAUCACAUACCUCAUCCGAGUGAGGCCGCAGAUUAUCAUUGCCCUUUUUUUUUUUCGUGGUUUGGUACUCCGUGCCUUCCAAGUACUCGCCAAAUGUCGGUUUUCGUGUAA